GUGACACGUUCACUAAAAAAAAAUCCUUUUGUAGCGAAUCAUUUAUUAAGAAAAAUAAAUACGCUUAACACAAAAGCAGAAAAAGAAAUAAUAGUCACUUGGUCCCGAGCGUCUACCAUUAUACCGACAAUGAUCGGGCAUACUAUUGCUAUCCAUAAUGGAAAGGAGCAUUUGCCAAUUUAUAUAACAGAUCGUAUGGUAGGACAUAAAUUGGGAGAAUUUUCACCUACUCUAAGUUUCCGAGGACAUGCAAAAAAUGAUAAUAGAUCUCGUCGUUAA